UGCACUAUGUAUGUGUAGACAUUUUGCUCAAUUCGGCGUUUUAUAAGUCUCCACUUUCUUUUCGGUGUCAAAAACUGAGCACUCAACAUGGGUCGUAUGCACGCUCCAGGCAAGGGUAUUUCCCAAUCAGCUUUGCCAUACAGACGCACAGUGCCAUCAUGGCUGAAACUCAACGCUGAAGACGUCAAGGAACAGAUCAAGAAGCUUGGCAAGAAAGGCCUGACGCCCUCAAAAAUAGGUAUAAUUUUGCGUGAUUCUCAUGGCGUGGCUCAAGUGCGCUUCGUUAACGGAAACAAAAUCCUGCGUAUUAUGAAAUCAGUUGGUCUGAAACCCGAUAUCCCCGAGGAUCUAUACCAUAUGAUCAAGAAGGCUGUCGCUAUCCGUAAGCACUUGGAGCGCAAUCGCAAGGACAAGGACGGAAAGUUCCGUUUGAUUCUGGUAGAAUCCAGAAUUCACCGUCUGGCACGCUACUAUAAAACAAAGAGCGUUUUGCCACCUAAUUGGAAAUACGAGUCCAGCACAGCAUCUGCUCUAGUUGCUUAAUUAAGUCGUGUAUUUUUUUACGCAAACUAAA